CCGGGACUAUUUUCGGCGUACUAAAUGAAAACGCGUGGAGUACUCCGCCUCGUCCUGGCUGGAGUUCUGCUGGUCCUAGUCUUUCUCUCGUUGCCUGCAAAUACCCAGACCUGCAGAAGAGAGGGAGACGUAGAAGAAGAUGCUGUUUGCAGCUUCAUUAUCUCCGCGGGGGAAGACUAUGUAGUGAAUGUGACAGAGGCGUUGUGUGGAGAGAUUAGGUUGGAGCUCCAGAACAACAGGAGCUCCUGUAGGGUGUGGACAGGAAAGGCUGACAACUCUAUUGCUCGUGGACAUGUAACGUUUGGAGAAAGUAACGAGCGGACUUUGUCCUUCUGCACCGAUGAGUUACUACAGCACGCACACCAGAAGUACAGCAUCAGCUGUCGCUAUGACAGUCCCCCCAAUGUUGAGGGUUCUAUUACAUUCUUAAUUUUCAUAGAUAAACCUGGGGACGAACCGCAGCACACUACUACACUGCCAUCCUCUGUGAGCAAUGAGCCGGGGCCUUCACAGAGUCCCACACCCACAGCAGAUCCAGAGGACACCUCACCUCCUUCACCUGGUGGGAAUUCUACAUCAAUGCCUACAGCUGCAAAAACUAUCACAAUCUUUGUUGCUGCAGUUCUCAGUUGUGAAGCAGCAAUGGCUUUCUAUUGGUUAUAGUCCAGAAGGACUACAGAGAGAGAGAGAGCAAACAUGCUUCAUCCCUUAUCUCCCCCACUAAAUCUUCUGUCGACAUGGCCAUAGUUCUCUUCUGACAAACAGUAUUAUACCUCAGACACAAGACUAUUAUAGGGUCCAGCUGACUCACACCAGAUACUGCAACCCCAAGGAUCCAAGCACACGAGAGUAUAAGACAAUUUUUGUAGCAAUCUUAAUAGUUUUUAAUCAUUCUUCAGCCAUAGUAGGUUUUAAUUUGUCAUUCACUUCAGUGUUUGUAGUUUUUCACACAUCUUCAUGAAUUUUGUUGGUAUUUAUGUUGUGGGAUGUUUAAACCAGGUAAUGUCUAGACAGAAGACAGCCUUUGCGGAGUCAUUUUCUAAACACACUUGAGAGAAAAUAUAAAAAUAGUUAUGCACUGUUUAUGACACAUUAAAUACGCUAUUGUUCGCUUUGAGGUGUCAUUUCAAGAUUUGCCUGCUUUUUUCCCUUCGUACCUGCCAAAAAAUGAAUAAGUUAACCAAGUAAAAGUAGAAAGUAACAGCAUCCACCUUUCUUACAACCAUGCCUUCUGAAAAGAACAAUCACAGAUGCAAGGACUAUGCAGGACAGAAGUAUGAACACUAGGAACACCACAGCUACGCCUGAGUGUAUAUGAAAGAUGAAAUUAUGAUAAUAGAAGGAGGGCAAGUUAGAUGUACCAGCCAU